AUGAUCCUGUCGGCCAUACCAGCAAUUCAACCGUUACCACCUGUGCCGAUGGCACCACAGAACAUACAGAAGAUGAGGGAUCGGGCGUAAACAUUUGUUGCAGCAGUGCAUUAGCUCUCUGUCAGACAGGAAACAAAGAUGGCAAGAGCUGGAACUUCCCGUCGUACCUCUAUUAGAGAGAAGUUCAGCAGGUCGAACCCGGGUCAGUCUCGGAUGCUCUGACUUCGAGAAGCAGCGAGAAAACAGCGGGAAACAAGACGGAGAGGAAGAUGGAAUAUUAGAAUACGAUUCCCCGAGUGAUGAUGAUGACAUUCCAUCUUUGGAACAAGAGGCUGAUUUUACCUCGGAAGAGGUUCCCGCCUCGGAAGAAGUGUUCGCUUGA